CGAUAUAGUGAAGUCAUGCUGUAUAUUACCAUAUUUGAACCGAGAACAGAGUUUCUAACUUCAUGAUACAAGACCAAGGAUUUCCAAAUAUUACCCAGCGUACUUAUGACGUACUGUUUACCCCGACACGGACCGCUGACCACCACGCAUGAAGUAGCACAGAUUCUUUUUUCCCCAGAUUGGCGGUGACUUUUUGACCUAUUACGGGCUUUCGCGAAAUUUCACGCCAUUCACAACGUGAAGUCUGGCAUCAUUGUUAAGUCUGUACUGUUACGUUCAAGAUGCGUCGACUGCUAUUAGUUUUCCUAUUUCUCGUGACCAUUUUCGCCAGUGAGGUAAAGGGAAGGUGUAGGUUUCGUGGAACCUACUACAGAUCGAAUCAGCGUUGGGAUUUCCAGGUCGGGAAUAAAAACUUUGAAUGCAGGUGUACCAGAACUGGCAGUCCUCAUUGCGAAUGGUCAGUUGUUAGAGUUGUUGUGCGUCGAUGUUUGGAUUCGACAAGACGGUCAAGGGAACUUGGUGAAAGGUGGGAGGUACAACGUAACAACCGGACUCUGGACUGCGCUUGUCAAGAAAACCCAACGAACCAUCACUACCAGAUAACUUGCUCAGGCAAAAAUCGUUGUCACCAAAGUGGGAUUUCGCGACAACGUGGUGAUGAAUGGACGUAUAAUGAUGCCACAGGCCUGGUUAUGCGCUGUCAAUGUCUUGGACGGGAAAGGGUAACCUGUCAUGCUAAUGUUCGUAAGGAUAUUCCAUCUCCGACCCCAGAAGCGCAAGUGGUCAAUAAUUACAUUGUCUACGGUAAAACUGUGCUGAGACCAAGUCUUGCCACUUUACAAGCUUGCGAUAAUGGGCAUCGGGUUGUAACCAGCGGGUUCACAUGGAAUCAGACUAGGGACGUCACGGAUACGCAAUACACCAUUGAGCAAUGUGUCUGCCGAAAUGCUAUUAUUCGUUGCAUUCCUUAUAUUAUUUCAAGACGAAGAGAACCACAUUGUCUAACGGAAGACGGGGAAGUGAUCGACGUUGGGCAAUCGUGGAUCAAAGUACAUCAAUCACACGAAAACAUUCGGUGGAGAUGCGUAUGUGCUUCUCAUGGCCAACGAGACUGUAGGGAUAUAGGUUACUGUCCUACACCAACUCCGCCCAUUAAUGGAGCCAUCGUGUGUGUAUCUGCUGGUAAAGCCGGACCGAAACAAACCAUAUUCUGCAAACCCAUGUGUCUUCAAAAUUACGAUUUCCACAACCGCCAUAGAUACUAUCGAGUGUGGGAGGUCUGCAGUCACGUGACAUUGCACCGUUGGUCAGGAGGUUACUUCGAGGACGCACUUUUGUUGGGGAAAUGCACAAGACCCCGUACCCCAUUGCGUGGUGGGCCGCAGUCUUUGUAUUUACAAACAGAUGAUUGCUUGAGCUUGACUCGCGACCAAAUUCACGACAUCGAACAAAGUUUCGUCCAAUCUCUGCGUUUGAACGACUUAUGUGGUACUAAGUGUCAAGUCAGUUUGUUUAAAUGUGGCGAACGUUCCCCACUACCCGAAUAAUAUUUACUUGAAAACGGAACGAUUCUGCUUGCUGCAAAACAAACUUCAUGACAAUCUAUCCAAGGCCUUCUGUCCGUAUUAUCUUUAACUAUAAAAUGGGCUACAUUGUUUCCGUCAAAUGUCAAGAUAAUGUUGGGCCCACUUACAAAACAGCUUCCCAAAGUUUUCACCAAACGCUGCUCUUGCUUUGAGCCAUUAAAGUGUACACGUUUUUUGUAUAUAGUUAUCAAGUUUACUUUAAAUAUAGUUCGCUUAUAAAUAGUUUUAAGGCUGACUGACGCAACCGCGUAAUCAAGUAACAAAGCGACAGAUAAACACUCUUCAGUGUUAUUGUAAAAUCGGAAGACUUUUUUGGAACAAUGUUGCGUCAAUGUGACGAAUACAAUUAAAAGUCGCCAGUCUGUUACUGACGUAGUUGAAGAUUUGAUUUCAAUGCCCAUUGUGACCCCAUAUCCACAAAUCAACGUUUCAUCUUCGUAGUGCAUGUGAUAUUCCGUGACUUUUGACUCUUAUUGUUGUAUUCGUCACCCAAGUUCGUCCAUUUGUCGUUUAGCCCACUUCGAAAAAUACCUCACGUCAGUGUAGACACCAGGUGCGCUAUGAGGUUUGCAAGACGAACCCCAGCUGGUGACGCCAGAGAGCUGCCACUGGCGGCGCUGGGGAUGCCAGCACAUCAUCGGUCCUCCACUGUCUCCCUGGUAUUAGUUUGCAAUAAGCUCAUGACGUCAUACUUAUGUCACGUGAUACUCACACUACACGCAUCAACGGUUCCACCACGGCCAGCACACAUCAUUCGAUCACUGAUAACGUGGUAAGGAUAGUACCGCUGGCAGGUACUUCGCUCAAUCACUCGAACUGAACCUUCUUGAAGCUUACGGGCGCCCCCGCGAUGUUCACCCGACACCCCCCAGCCCGCAAUAACACAGUACGAGCCUGGGUCAAUAUCAAAUGUCGGAAGGCAUAGAGGCUCUGCAUUGAAGCUCCGAACUCUCCCGUUAAGUUUCACCAAUGCGAUAUCAAAAUCCACAGCUUCUGGGUUGUACCUAUGACAAAAAUUAAAUGACGUAAUGUUUGAA